AUGAUCGAUAAGAUGGCACCUGGCAGUAAUCUCAGGCUGGAGAUGGUGACGAUGGAAGACAUUCCUACUCUCACUGAAGUCUGGUUUGCUGCUUUCACAGACCCUGAGCUGCGGCGCCUAUGGCCUGACACCCCGGGGGUCCGCAAGUGGUGGGAUGACGCCAACCGUCACGAUCUUCUCGACAAGCCUUUCCAGCGAUACAUCAAAGUCGUUGAUCCGGACACGUUAGACACCAAUGGCCGGUCGCGCAUAGCGGCGUACGCGAAGUGGGAUCUAUCUAUGCCGGAGGACCGAGGACGACGCUACCCACCUUGGCAUGAGGAUAUGCCCGGGGAGGUUUGCGAUGUCUUCUUCGCGAGAGAAGAGAACGAAAGGCGAAGGGUCAUGGGAAAUGAGAAACACUACUGUGCGACCUUCCAAUCACUCGAAGUACGCAAAUCGCUGACUAUGAUGACACCAGACCUAGACACAGUCGCAACUCAUCCGGACUACCAAAGACGAGGGGCCGGCUCCAUGCUUGUAAAAUGCACAGGAGGCCCCGUGCCGUGCCAGAACUGUCACCGUUUAAGACUCGAGUGCACAUUCAACUACCCGGAGUCUGCCGUCUCCUCGGAGCCCGGCGAUCCACACAAUCUCCUCGCACCCACGGAGACCCUCACCGAGGCCGGGACCAAGCGCCGGCGCAUCGCCGCAGCCUGCACCGAGUGCCGGGCCCAGAAGGCCAAGUGCUCCGGUCACCGUCCGCAAUGCUUCCACUGCAACCGCCGCAACCUCACUUGCUCCUAUCCCACGCUGCCAUCGAGACGCAAGAGCCGUCAGGCCGGCCAGCCGCAGCAGUCGGCAUCCCCGGAGUCCUCGAGCACAUGCACGCUCAGCCAGAGCGCUUCAUACGAGGCCGAGUCGACCCUUCAGCACUACGCCAGGCCUCCUUCGCUGAAUACGUCUCUUGAACAGUCGUUGCUCAGUACGGAUGUCAUCCGGCAACACCUCGAAGUCUUUUUCGAUCAUGUGUAUCCUCUAGGUUACGACUUCUUCCACCGGCCGUCGAUGAUGGAGGACUUCUACGCCGGCAAGCUUCCGCCCAUUUUAUGCACAUCCAUAUGCGCCGCGGCGGCCAUAUUCGUCUCGCGAUCGCGGGAGUCACGCAUAAUGUCGAUUCAGUGGGCCAAGGAGGUCGACGGGUACAUCUUCGCCAACCUCAACGUCUUCAAGGUGCUCAACAUCCAGCUCAUGGCGCUCUCAAAGUUUCAGAACUUCGCCUACAGGCAGUUCGGAAAGGUGUGGCUGUUGAUAAGCACCGCGGCUAGAUUAUGCGUGUCGUUCCAGCUCAACGACGACAGGCCCUUGCCGCCGGAUGCGGACACGGCGACUGUCAUCCGGAGGGAGUGUGAUAGACGUCUAGUCUGGCACGUCUGGUGGAUGGAUAAGGGAUUUUCAGCAGGUUUCGAUGAGUUCACGUGUCUUCCCUCGCGCUGGAUGAGAAUCGGCUUGCCAAAUCCUGAACACACCUUCCGACAUGGCCUCUUGAAGCCUACCAGCAAGUUAAGUGAUGGAGUCGAGGCACUGGCAUCUCACGACGCCGGAGCAAGGGCCUAUUUGAUGAUUCUCUACAGUCUUCGCUGUGACAUUCUGAGGUCGACAAAAGAAAUCGUUCUUGAAAGCCGACGCGAUUCAUCUCCUGCUGUCGUCGCAAAAGCAGUAGCGACAUUGAAAGAGCUAAGAGACAAGCUCACCCGGUUUCUCGACCACAUGCCCUCGCACAUCAGACCGAUCGAGCGCAGCAUGUUCUCCCACUCGACCACACCCGAGUUCUCCGCCUAUAUCACCCUGAACUCGUGGUUCUUGCAAUCCUCCUGCGAUCUUUACCGGACGUGCCUCCCAGGGCAUGCGAGAGAAAGCGCCGCCGCGAGCUUCAUAGCCAAAGCACCCCCGGACUUUGUAUCCUCCUGGCGUGCCCUGGCCGUCUCUCACGCAUUGAGACUGGCAAGGAUGUGGGAACAUCUCCAAGCCCUGCGGUCCAAGGGAGCAUUGCACUCCAAGCAGACACGCAUACCCAUCGGCCUCGGAUACGGCAACAUGGUCCACCAGUGCACCAAGACGCUUCUCACCGCCCGUCGGUACGGGCUAUACAAGAACCUGACCGACCCCAUCACCGGCUCGCCAGUCGAGCUCGACGACGAGACGGUGGACGCCCUCUGCCAGAGCAACGUCGCGCUGCUAGACGACAUGUCCAACAUCGUGCCCAUCAUAGCGGUGCUGCAACAGGACGUCAAGAAGAUGAUCGAGACCGAAAACCACAACAGACACCUCACCGUCGAGAGCCCCGAGGAGGCGGCCCCGGUCAGCAGCGAAGUCCAGCGCAACACCCUCCUCAGCAGAUACCACCCCCUCGCCCAGAGCUUCGACGCCGACGCCAAAACGGUCGACGAGAUCGCCAUCCAGCACUCCGACUCGCCACAGCUAUCCGCGCGCUCCCUGGCCCCGAGCCAGGGCGGCGACGUCUCGAUGGCCGACGACUCGUCUCACUAUCAGAUGCAGGCGCCCAGCGACAUCUACCAACCGACGACGGCACACUCCAUCGGCCUGGGUCAGAUCGACCCGGGCUUCGACGGGCCCAUGACGUGGUCCGGCUUCGCGGAGAACCAGCUCGCGCAGGAUUACUACGUCGCGCCGUCCCAGUUCGACAUGAGCGGCGAGCUGAGCUGGUUCCUGUCCAGCUACCUCGACUCGGAUCCCGCAACCUCGGGGGUCCAGACGUCUUCUUGA